GUUUUUACAACAAAUCUGCCACUCACAACAUGGCUCCCCCGUUGACGUAAGAUCCGGAAAGUCCACUUCUCGGUCUGUGGAAGCGCGCAUUUCACUUGGAGCAGACUUCGGCUGCAAGAGACUUUAGACACCAUAUUUGGGCACCACUAUAAAACUGAGCCAUGGCCAACAUUCAGAUUCGAAAGUACCGGGAUGAGGACUCUGAAACCGUGAAGGAGCUCUUCACCUCAGGGAUGAAUGAGCACUUGCCUUCGUCCUUCGUGCACGUCCUGAAACAGCCGCUGACCCAGAUGUUCCUCAUGGUCACGUUCUGCGCCCUCAUUACCAGCUCCCAGUCCUUCCUGCUGCCCGUCCUGGCCGUCACCCUCCUCCUGGCCGGAGUCCGGCAGAUGAUCGUCUACAUGUUCAACGGCUACAUAGACGCAUCUUUGAAGAAUGACCUCAAGGACAUCGGCGGGACCUACCUGCGGAAGAAUAAUUCGUGCUUCUGGGUGGCCGAAAGCGACGGUCAGGUGGUCGGGACGGUGGCGUGUCUCCCCGCCGAGAAUAUGCCCGAGUUUUUGGAGCUGAAGCGCAUGUCGGUGCGGCGCAGUCACCGAGGGAAGGGAAUCGCUAAGGCUCUGUGUCGAACAGUGGCGGAUUUCACUAGGGAGAGAGGCUUCCCUGCCGUCAUCCUUUACACCUCUAUGGUUGCUACCGACGCUCAAAAACUGUACGAACACAUGGGUUAUAAGAAGAUGAGGCAGUUUCCUAUACCGGAGUUUUUUGCGAAAAUCAUCAACUUCACUCUGAUUGAGUACAGACUUGAUUUAGAGGAAGAGAAAUAAAGCUAAUGAAACCGACAAAUUCUUUAAAACGUCUUUGUCCUUAGUAUAUUUCAUUCUUUUUUUGUGGCAAGUUCAGCUUCCACGGUUACUAUCUAAACAACAUCCAUUGUGCAGCAUGUUUUCCCCUACUGUUUUUGAGUUCUUUAUCUAUGUAUUUAAAAAUGUCGGUAGACAAUAAUCACGGUAAGGAAACCAUGUUUCUCUUUUUCUGGUGAUUUACUCUGUUGUGCUGCCAUAUAUGGGCAUGGUGGCUUCUGGUUGUUGAUGCGAGUGUGUGCAGGUGCAUGGGGAGGUUCUGGACCAUGUGUGGGGUGAGCAGUUUUUCAUUGAAAAUAAUGUACAAAUAUUCUGCAUGGUCAUCACUUUUAACUUGUCACCAAAUACUGCAGGAACCUGCAAAUAAACUGACUUAAAUAAG